CAAGUUUUUGACAGUACGUAUCAAAGUUAGCGGAGUGUUUGAGUCGGUGUAUAGUGUAUUUAGUUUCGUUAGUGUUAUUUAAUAUUUAUAAAUAAAAAUAUGUAAUAUUGUGCGUUUAGUGAAGUGAUUUGUGUUUAUAGGAAGUACUUUUAUCAAGGAUGGCAGAAAUAAUAUUCCAGCGGCGAAAGAUCCCAACAGUAGUAUCAGACCCGAACCCUCUGAUAAUCCUCCUGAUACUCUCUCUACUGCAGUCAUGUUGGACACAAGUGAUCAACAGAGCUCCUCACUUCGUGCCACAGAUAGGAGACAUGUCACAAUUCAGUCUAUCCGAGGACACACCUGUUGGAACACCGGUUUAUCAUUUAAAAGGAGUUGAUCCAGAGAAUGGUCCGCUAAGGUACUCGAUAUCAGGGCAGUACUUCUCAGUGGACUCGCUGACGGGUGUCGUGACUCUCGCCAAGACCCUGGACAGGGAGGAGCAGAGCGCUUUGGAAGUCAUCAUCAGCAUAACUGAUGAAGGCAUAGCUAACACUGAACCCAACACGAUAUCAUUAAGGCGAGUGAUACCAGUGAAGGAUGUGAAUGACAAUCCUCCCAUCUUCCACAACCGGCCAUAUAUAGUCAACAUUAGUGAAGCCACAACUGUUGGCACUGAAAUAGAGGUAAACCCAAAGAUAACGGUAACAGAUCGGGAUGAAGGAGAGAAUGCCAGAAUACGAGUGACAUGCUCAACCAAAGAGAAAGGAAGCGAUUCUGAAGCAUGCGCAACGUUCCGCGUUGAUACUGACAUGAUAACACCAAACGAAUACCAAGUACGACUGUUUCUAAACCAGCCUUUAGACUUCGAGAGUAGAUCAGCAUACGUCAUCAGUUUAGAAGCCACUGAUUCAUCAGACAGACCACUGAGAGCCCUCGCUAGUGUUUCAGUUGCUGUAUGGGACGUACAAGAUCAACCACCAAUGUUCUUGAAUGCACCAUUUUCAGCUACUGUACCAGAAAAUACUUUACCGAAUACAAGCAUAAUGGAGAUAAUAGCUAAAGACGGUGACACAGCCAACCCUCGUCCAGUCUUGUUGACCCUGGAAGGUGAUACGGAACAGUACUUCAAGUUACUACCCGACAGACCUUUGGGACGAGCUACACUGGUGGCUUCAGACAUUCCUAUUGACAGAGAAAGUGAUGUCGUAAUGCAAAAUGGAGGCGUCUACAGCUUCUUUGUUAAGGCUACAGAAUUGAUAAAUAAUGAAGUGCCAUCAGAUUUCACAGUGACCACUAUAACUAUUAUCGUAACUGAUGUCGAUGAUCAUGUACCAAAGUUCAAUAAAGAAGAGUUUGAUAUUUCUAUACCAGAAAAUAUAGAGAAUGGAAGUCCCAUCCCUGGUUUGUCAAUAUACGUUGAAGAUCAUGACAUUGGACAGAAUAGUAAAUAUGAUUUAAAAUUGAGAGAUGUAUGGAACUCUGAAGGUGUAUUUUCUAUUAGUACAGACCAUGGUGAAGGAAGAACACCGAUUAGCAUUAAAGUUAAAGAUUCGUCUAAGUUAGACUAUGAAGUAGAUGAUGAUGAAAAACGACUAUUUAGUUUCGACAUCGUCACAUCUGCUAAUGGGAUAGAAUUAUCGUCUGCACGAGUUAAUAUAAAACUUCUGGAUAUGAAUGAUAACUCGCCUGUUUUCCAAGAACCUACGUAUAAAUUUAACGUUCCUGAAAAUGCAACUAUUGGAACUAAAAUAGGCGAUGUAUAUGCUACAGAUAGAGAUUAUGGAAUAUUUGGUGAGAUCGAAUAUACUUUGACUGGGUUUGGAUCAAAUAUGUUCAAGACUGAUAAAAAUACGGGUGGCGUAUAUGUACGGCAGAUACUAGAUUAUGAGAAGCAGAAAAGCUACAGUCUAACACUAUUUGCUAAGGAUGGAGGUGGCAAGGGAUCGACAGCGAGUAUAUUUAUUGAUGUGUUGGACAUUAAUGAUAACGCUCCUUUAUUUGAAGCAGCAGAAUAUAGUAGGACAAUUAGAGAUGGUGCUACUAGCUUUGAGCCACAAUUCGUUAUUCGGGCUACCGAUGCGGAUGGUCCGACACAAGGUGACGGUCAAAUUAAAUACUCAUUAGAAUCUGACAACAGUAUUAGUCGCAAAGGCAACGUGUUCACGAUAGAUGAAGAAACAGGAGAAAUAAGCAUUAUUGAAAAAGUUGAUAGCAUGGACACUCCUCGAGGACAAUAUGAACUAGUUGUAAGGGCCACGGAUUAUGGUAUCCCACCACUCCACAAUGAAACACGAGUCUACAUUCGUGUGGGCGUUCCAGGUAAUCAAAGACCAACUUUCAAGGGUAACUACCACCACUACAAAUACACCGUUUCACAAAAUAGCCCCGAGACCACAGAAGACUUCACAUUUGAUUUAAAUCCAAUGAACUACAAGGCAAAUAUUAGAGAAGACGCUAAACCUGGACAGAAUGUGACCAUGGUCGUGGCUAAUGAUCCCGAUGGACUUGAUGACUUGCUUACGUAUCAUAUUGUAUCAGGGUCAAAGGAUAAUUUCGUGAUAAAUGAGAAAUCUGGUCUCAUAACUGUAUCCAAUGACGCUAAUUUAGACAGAGAUAUCAACCCUGAAAGAUAUGAAAUCAUUGUAUCAGCUGUCGAUAGUGGAAUGCCUAUACCAGAAACAGCCACUACCACAGUCUUCGUUACUAUACAAGAUGUAAAUGACAAACCACCAAAAUUCAAUGUGACUGAAUCAACUACACAUAUUUCUGAGAAAGCAAAAAUAGAUGAUUUAGUGGCACAAAUCACUGCUUACGAUACAGAUGUCAAUGCAAAGUUGCAAUAUAGUAUUGUACAGCCAAUAAAGGCUCUUUCUAAAGCUGGAGUUCAGCUAAAACCUAACUCGCCUUAUGAUUACAAACAUAUUUUCCGAAUUAACGAAGACACUGGAGAAAUAUUUGUCAACGGGACUUUAGACUACAGUAUGGCAUCAAUAGUUAUAUUGACAAUCAAAGUUGUGGAUGUUAACGCAGAAAUCAACAAGGAUAAACAAUUCGCUCUCAUAGAACAUACGAUUUAUAUACAACCUUACGCUGACAAAAAUCCACAAUUCACCAAUGCCGGUUGGACUAGUUCCAAUCCAGUAAUAUACCACAAAAUUAAAGAAGAACAACCAAUUGGAAGUACUGUACUUGUUUUGUCAGCUGAAGAUCCAGUUUCAGGACAUGUAGUGUCCAGUUACAAAGUUAUAAAUGCAGAAACUGGCCUACUUCAAGUAGAUCCUCUCAGUGGUCAAGUGGUUUUAACCAAACACUUAGAUUAUGAAGACUUAACGACACCUAAUUUAACUAUAACAGUUAAAGCCACAAGCAAUGACGGUAGCAAGCAUAGUAUAGCUAAAAUUAUUAUAGAAGUUAUGAACAUCAACGAUAAUCCACCUAUUUUUGAAAAAGACCUCUACAAAGUCAGCGUUUUAGAGUCCGUCAAAUAUCCAGAACAAAUUGUUUUGGUCAAAGCUCAUGAUGCUGAUGCCGUAUUGACUGAAGAAGACAAAGCCAAAGGUUAUUCAGAUAUUCGAUAUACGUUGAGGGGCGAAAAUUCUGACCUGUUCAAAAUUGAUAAUGUUACUGGAUCUAUACAGGUAGCCGAAAAUAAAACAUUAGAUAGAGAACGACAAUCAGUUCUUCGGAUGGAAAUCGAAGCAGCUGAUACUCCAAAUGGAGGAGCUGACAAGUUGAAGGCUACUGCCACUAUUUUGGUAGAUGUACUUGAUGUUGAUGAUAACUCUCCCCAAUUCGAGAAAAAUAUUUACACAGCCGUAGUGCCAGAAAACGUGCCAAUUGGUAUAAGCGUCAUAAAUGUGACUGCGACAGAUCCAGAUGAAGGAUUGGGUGGAGAAAUCAAAUACGAGUUUUUGGAUGAAGGCGAAGCUAAUGGUCUAUUCACAAUCGACGCUGUGACAGGAGAAAUUAAAACUCAUAAAGUGCUAACUGGCCGUGGUCGCACAGAUCCUUAUAGACUGCUAGUUGGUGCCACUGAUGGUGGUGGACAUUCUGGAGACACUUCAUUGUCUUUGUACAUCGGUGACGUUAGUGCUAAUGAUGGAGUACCGAGAUUUAUCAGACCAGCUGCUGGAGAAAUACUAAGUAUUAGUGAGAAUGCUACUAUAGGAUCUGCAGUUUACCAGGUGGUUGCAAGUGACCCAGAUGACCCAACUCAGCCUUCUGGACAGUUGUUCUACUCUAUACAACCAAGCAAUCCUGAUGCCAAGAUUUUUGCUAUUGAUCCCCAUUCUGGUCAAAUAACAACAAGACAGUCGCUAGACCGGGAGAGAAAGGCCUCAUAUACAUUGGUGCUACUAGUCACAGAUAGAGGUCAACCACCUCAACAGAGUACCAGAAUUGUCACUGUCAUGGUCACUGACGUAGAUGAUCACAAACCACACUUUGGAAGAAACUCGGAUGAUCCCCCAGUUCUAAUGACAGUAAAGGAGGAAGUUCCCAUUGGAACUGUGAUUGGUCAACUUGAAGCCAUCGAUGAAGACAUAGACGAGAAUGCUGCUAUCGACUACGCAAUUACUGUUGGAAAUGACUUUGGUUUACUAAAACUAGAAAGGACGAACGACAGCAAGGCCCUGAUCAUAGCAGCAGCGAGACUGGACAGGGAGACAGUGUCGAAGCAACUAAUAACUGUUAAAUGUUUCAAGUAUGGCACUAAGCCAAGAUUAACAAAAUCAUAUAAUAGACUGGAUCCCUCAGAAACUCAAGUAUUGAUCAAAAUCUUGGAUAUAGAUGAUCACCUACCAAAAUUCGAGAGUGCCAACAUGACUGUUGGAGUGAGACUGAAUGUACCAAUAGAUACCAUAAUAGCUUCUGUCAAGGCCAUUGACAAGGACCCUGAUGCAAGACCCAUUAACUACAGCAUUGUCAACAUGACUUUUGUUUCACCGAUCAAGGGUAAAUCUUUGGAUAACAUCACUGAUGUGAUUGUUCUGAAUAAUAUGACCGGAGAUUUAAAGAUUAUGAGGAAUUUAAUACAUUAUGCUGAUGGUAUAUUUAGGUUGAUCGUACGCGCUAACAACACAAAUGAUCCGGAACGAUUCAGCGAUAUUUUAGUAGAGGUUGUGGUGGUAAGAGAACGCGACCUCCUCCGGCUGGUGAUGCCUGGUGGCACCAGACAGAAGUAUGCUGACCUUCGGGACAGAAUGUCGGCUGCUCUCACGCAAAAAGGACUUCGCAUGCAGCUUCAUGAUGCCAACACAGCAUUCUUUGCAAAUCCAGGGCCAUGCUUCCAAUUUAGGAAAACGGAUUCUGGCGAAGCAUUAACACCUAAAGCCAUGAAGGCAACCAUACGAGCCCUAGGAACAGAGUUCCAAGAGAUCCUGGAAAACUUCAAUGUUCACAACAUCACCAGCUGUGGGGUAUCGCGAACGAAACAUUCGCCAGCACAGCAUGCAUUGCUGGCUUUGGCUGGAGUGCUGCCGUUGGCAGCGUUCAUAGCCACCCUUGUAUUGUGCUGCAUGCAUUCCAGUGCCAAGAAGAGGGCGCGGGAAGCCCUAUUAAUAACUAGAGAACCACCACCAGUGGCUGCCAGCAACAUAUCAGUGCCAACGAGGUUAUAUGCAGAACCUCUGUAUACAACGUGAUGUAGCCUC